UUUGUGGGCAAGAACGGUGCCUGCAACGUGGCCCAUAAAAACAUCCGGGAGCAGGGACGCUUCCUCCAGGACGUUUUCACCACCCUGGUGGACCUCAAGUGGCCCCACACACUGCUCAUCUUCACCAUGUCCUUCCUCUGCAGCUGGCUACUCUUCGGCAUGGUCUGGUGGCUCAUCGCCUUCGCCCAUGGAGACCUGGACCACAGCACCCGGCUGCAGCGUGACCCCGGAGAUGGGGCAGUGGGGGCCCCAGCUGGCUUUGUGCCCUGCGUGACCAGCAUCCACUCCUUCACCUCUGCCUUCCUCUUCUCCAUCGAGGUGCAGGUGACAAUUGGCUUUGGGGGACGCAUGGUGACAGAGGAGUGCCCAGCCGCCAUCCUGGUGCUGAUUGUGCAGAACAUCGUGGGGCUGGUGAUCAAUGCCAUCAUGCUGGGCUGCAUCUUCAUGAAGACCUCGCAGGCCCACCGCCGGGCCGAGACCCUCAUCUUCAGCAAGCACGCGGUCAUAGCCCUGCGAGAGGGCAAGCUCUGCUUCAUGCUGCGGGUGGGUGACCUCCGGAAGAGCAUGAUCAUCAGCGCCACCAUCCGCAUGCAGGUGGUGAAGAAGACUGCCAGCCUGGAGGGGGAGGUGGUGCCCCUCAACCAGAUUGACAUCCAGAUGGAGAACCCAGUGGGGGGCAACAGCAUCUUCCUUGUCUCCCCGCUCAUCAUCUACCACGUGAUAGACAAGAACAGCCCCCUCUACGACAUCUCCCCCCUAAACCUUCACCACCAUGAGGACCUGGAGAUCAUUGUCAUCUUGGAAGGGGUAGUGGAGACCACCGGCAUCACCACUCAAGCCAGAACCUCCUACCUGGCGGAUGAAAUCCUCUGGGGCCAAAGGUUUGUGCCCAUCGUGGCAGAGGAAGAUGGGAGAUACUCUGUGGACUACUCUAAAUUUGGCAACACGGUGAAAGUGCCCACCCCUUCAUGCACUGCUAGGCAGCUGGAGGAGGACAAGAGCAUUAUGGACAGCAUGCCAUUGUCCCCUAAAGGCACAAUAAGGAAGAGGUCUGUCAAGCUAAAGCCCAAGUUUACCAUAAGCGAUGAGCCUUCCUGAUGCCUUUAGACUGGGAAACUCUGUUAGGGCAUUGUGUCUGAAACAUCUCAUAAACUCAAAACACUGAGGUGGCCUCUUACUUUUUUUAAAUUCAGGUUGGUAGCACAAGGUAUGUUCUGGUGUUAUUUAUUGUGGGAUAAAUCUAAAACCAAUUAUAUUUUUUUAAAGGUGUGAGAGAUUUCAGGCAGCACUGGGAGUAGGAAAAUCAUGGUCUGCAGCUUUAAAUUUCAAUUCCGACUGUCCUGUUUAAUUGCACGAUCAUUUUGCAUUGUUUAAUCUGCAGGUAAUGACAUAUUUUCUCAAAAAAUAAAUGUAUAUUUAUCUUCAGAGAUUGCAGUACUGAGGGUCUUGCAGUGUCCUAAAGUCAGUAGUUUUUAACUGUUUUUUUUCUAACUUGAACAAUCAAUAUAGCAAAAUAUCAAUAAUUAAUAAAGUAGGCUGGAUUUAAAUUAUAACAAAAAGGUCAGGCAAUAUUAUGUGUGAGACAAGACCAGAUCUGGAAGUGUCUAUGUAUUAUACUCUAUGUCUCAAUGAAAUUAACUGCCAGGUUUGCUUCAUCCAUAUUGUAUUGUAUGGAGCCACUCCUACCCCAUGCAAUAUGAAAUGUAUUUGAACAUUUACUUCUGUUUAUUUUGAAACCUUUUACACUUCCGAAAUAAAACAUACAGGAAUA